ACCCCCCACAGAGCGCGGAGCUGCUGGGGCUGAUUGGCCACGCGACUCGGGAUGAAGGCGGAGCAAGGCUCCGCGACCCAAGCCUCGUCCCUUUGGCUCCUCUCGCAUUGAUUACAUAAGGAGGAUGGGCGCUGUGCGGUCCGCUAAAAACACUUCUGGCGCGCGAUUCUGUUGCUUGGUGAGUGCUUCUUCAUCUGCGUGUUGUUAGUACUCCUCCGAUUUUGUCCAAGGCAAUCCGUAGCACAUUCAAAGCGAAUGUCUUCGCAGUUCUUAUCAUGUCAUUGGUGGGAUAAAGCGAGUUUAUAAAUAGCAGAAUUGUCAUCAUCAUUAUUAUUGUUAAUGACAAGAAGUUAAUUUUUGGAAGCUUUUGGGCAAAAGCAAAGAAUGCAAAACUAACUGUUACCGCUCAACCUGGGACUUGGGUUCUCGCCGGGAUGCGCUCUCGUUGAGAGCCGCGAUUUCAUGAACUGCGUCCAUUCACAAUUCCAACACGCGAAACAAAACUUUAAACCACGAUUUCGAAGCCGUCGUCCUUCCGAUUCAGUUUCUCGAGCAAACCACAGGCUCGACAAUCUCCACUGCGCGAUCGCUAGCGAUGCUUUUGCUGCUGCUGCUGCUGCCGUUGCUGGAAAUGAAGACGACGACGACGAUGAAGACUACGAUGAAGAUGCUUCUGCUGCUCAUCUGCGCUCCAUCCACAUCCCUCGCGCGGGACCCCGUGUGCCAGGAAAUCACGGUGCCCAUGUGCAGAGGCAUCGGCUACAACCACACGUACAUGCCCAACGACUUUCGCCACGACUCGCAGGAGGAGGCCGGCCUCGAGGUGCACCAAUUCUGGCCCCUCGUCGAAAUCCACUGCUCGCCGGACCUGCGCUUCUUCCUGUGCAGCAUGUACACUCCGAUCUGCCUGGAGGACUACAAGCAGCCGCUGCCGCCGUGCCGCUCGGUGUGCGAGAGGGCCCGCGCCGGCUGCGCGCCGCUCAUGCGCCAGUACGGAUUCGCGUGGCCCGACCGCAUGCGCUGCGACCGCCUGCCCGAGCAAGGUUCAGCCGACAGCCUCUGCAUGGACCACAACCGCAACGACGCGGGGCAUCCCCCGGGGGCGCCUGCGGGCCAAGGCGACGGUGGCAUCCCCUCCUCCUCCUCCGACGACGAGGACGAGGACGACGUGACCGACAGGCAGGUGCCGCCCAGAGACGGGGGAAGGCAGCCAGGGGCAGCGGCAGCAGCAGGAGGAGGAGGCAGGGGCAGAGUGAUCGGGGGCAGCGCGGAGUGCGAACCGAUCUGCGGCUGCAGGGCGCCACUGGUGCGCAUCUCGAACCCUCGCCACGUCCUCUACGACCGCGUGCGCACGGGACAGGUGCGCAAUUGCGCGACGCCCUGCCACUCGCCGUUCCUCGGGCGGGAGCAGCGCACGUUCGCGUCCUUCUGGAUCGGCCUGUGGUCGUCGCUGUGCUUCGCGGCCACGUUCGCCACGGUGAGCACCUUCCUUAUCGACAUGGAGCGCUUCAAGUACCCGGAGCGGCCCAUCAUCUUCCUGUCGCUGUGCUGCAUGCUGGCGUCGCUCGGCUACAUCGUGCGGAUGGUGGCGGGCCACGAGGCUGUGGCGUGCAGCGCGGACUGGCACCACGUCCUCUACGCGAGCUCCGGACCCGCGCUCUGCACCGCCGUCUUCCUGCUCACUUACUUCUUCGGCAUGGCUGGCUGCGUGUGGUGGGUCAUCCUGUCCCUCACCUGGUUCAUGGCCGCGGGAUUGAAGUGGGGCAGCGAGGCCAUAGCCGGCUACUCGCAGUAUUAUCACCUGGCCGCCUGGCUCCUGCCCAGCAUUAAAGCCAUCGCGGCGCUGGCCAUGAACGCCGUGGACGGUGACCCCGUGGCCGGGAUCUGCUCCGUGGGCAACCAGAGCCUGGACAACCUUCGCGGUUUUGUGCUGGCUCCUCUGGUCGCGUACCUGCUGGUGGGCACGGCGUUCCUGCUGGCGGGGUUGGUGGCGCUCUUUCGGAUCCGAAACGCCAUCAAACAGCAGCAGCAACAGAUGCAGCAGCAGGUGCAGCAGCUUAUGCAGCAGCAGCAGCAACUGAUGCAGAGCAGCGCGAAUCCCGGAGGCGCCAAGACAGAGAAACUGGAGCGGCUCAUGGUCCGCAUCGGGGUAUUCGCUGUGCUCUACACGGUGCCCGCGGCCGUGGCGGUCGUGUGCCACCUGUACGAGCAGCAGCACCGCGACAGCUGGGAGCGGACCCUGGUAUGCGGGGGCGGUGUUGGCGGCGAUGGUGGCUUCUCCGUGGAUCCCAGUGCGUGUGGACCUGGGCCAGGUCACCUGCCCGAACCGGGUGCCCGGCCAGACUUUGCGGUAUUCAUGCUCAAGUACUUUGUGUGCCUGGUGGGCGGCAUCACGUCGGGUGCAUGGAUCUGGUCGGGCAAGACGGCCGGGUCAUGGAAGAGGUUUUACAAAAGGUGCCGGGCCUGGCGCGCGGGGAAGAGGCACAGGUCCCCGAUCGGAGCCGGAAGAGGGUCUGGAUCCUACCCGAAGCAGCUGCCCUUCUCCCACGUGUAGGACACAUGGGCCAGCCGAUGGUUAGCGAGUCUCGACGCAUUGGUCAAUGAGAGGGAUCUUCAAGAGGACACUUAUAGGUGACCUCAAUAAUGAUCAAUACAUUUUUUGAAACAAUGCCGGAGAAUACCCGUAGGAAGUUAGAGACACAGAGACCCCAAUAUUCAGUCCAAUUAUUAAUGGGAAAUUGUAGGCAAUGCUUAGUACUCUUAAGGGGACCAAGUCGGAAUAAGAGUCAGUCAAAUAGUUUUCCCUCUCAAACAACCAUUGGGUUAUGCACAUCUCAAUUCGUGACCCUGAGCCAACAACGAACAUUACACAUUCCCAUGUUUUCAUAUAUAACUGCUUUUUAUUUCCUAUGAAUUGGUGUUGGUUUUUAUCGUUCCUUGAAGGAUUGAGGACUGAGUGGGCCCUCCAUAAACAUAAUUUUAAUUCAUAAAUUUUCAUCGUUCAAGUACUGCGAUAAUGACGCAACUUGGCCGGUUGUUACAAUUACAAAGGAACCUCCAUUAUGAACCUGAUAUCAUCAUACUAUAGUCAAUGCAUACGGGAAGUCACCACUCCUUUACUGCUGUAACACAUUCGAUAUUCUCAUCUCCAUUCAUGGCCCUAAGCCAGUGGUGGAAAUUCCGCAUUCCUAUGGCAGAGGGAACCACAUUUCAUACCUGCAACUCCGUUUUUAUUUCAUUCCACAGUGCUUAAUUUUGUGGCGAUAAUGGCACCUAGUAUAUGACUGUGGAAUUUUUUUACCACUGACAGAUACAGGUGCCAUCUAACUCUCCAACAUCAAAAUCGUCAAUUCAUAAGAUUCACACACGUCAAUCCAAAAAUGGAAUCUACUUUGUGGGGAUCUGGUUGAAGUAUGGAACAUUUGCCCCGUGACAAAAAUGUGAGAUUUCCACUCCUGGCUUAGGGCCACCAGUGGUGAUGCACACUGCCCGCUUCCGCUUUGAGCAGAAGAUACAAAUUGGACUGAAGCAACCUUGUAGUGCUCACGGAACACACGAUACUUAAUUAGCUUUGUUAUUGUCGGACCUGGUGGGGAAAGAGGUCAUGAAUCUCGGACUCUCACUGGAAUAAAUAAAGGAUGGCAAUCAACCGUUCAAUCGUACCUGUCAAUGCAAAGGCAACUCACACAUUUCAAGUAUAAUUGAUUAAUUCAGGCCACCGCGUUGUCCCUUAUGUGAAUACUGUAUAGUGAAUGAAUGAAGUAGAGGGUACAGUUCAUACGUUUGCUUUCUCAUUCUCGCAGCAGUUGGGAAUUGUUAAAUCCACUGUCAAUGAAGAGAAUAACUCUCGGAUAUUGAUACCUUAAGUCAAUCUAGAUUACCUUAAGUCACUUAAAGAGAUUCUGAUCUUGUACAAACCUUAGGCUGCUGUGCAUUCAUUAUUGUUGCUAUUGGUAUAUAUGUAUGCCGAUUACCAUUGAGAAGUAUAUGCUAUGUAAAUAAUGUACAGCUACUAUGUAUUUAGGAACACGUGUUUACAUAUGUAUGAUUGUUGAUGCAUUCCAGUGAAAAUACACCAAUUAAUUUAUAUGCUAUUUUACGAACGCUUCACUUGCUAAGUUGAUACUUGUUGAAAUAUAUAUAUAUUUUUCAAAUUGAAUUCGAUUGCUGUCUUGUGAUUUUAUUUAAAAGCUUCCAUGUUGUCUUAUUGGUGCAGUCCGAUAAUGCAUAUAACUGAACGGAAUUGUGGUGAAAGCGGCUACUUAACAAGUUGUGAGGUUGAAAGUUGAAAACGCAACCAGGGAUCAAUAAAUGAGUUGCAGUUGUAAGUCUACAAUGGUUUGUCCUAUGGAUGAUUACUGUGGAGUUUACUGUGGAGUUUACUGUGAAGUUUACUGUGGAGUUUCCACCGAUGGUCAAUGGCCAUCAACAGAGAUAAGCAGUAGCUAAAACUAAUUUUAGCAGAGGUACUUAGUUGAUAUAAUUUGCGUGAAAUGUGAGUGUCACCAUCUCAUAUGUUAGGGUUUUCUCUGGUCUUCUUUCACAUCCAAGAAGACCCAAUAGGAAUUAACUAAAUGAGUUUAAAGUUAAAAAAAAUCAUAAUUAACAUCAGAUCUCAAUAACAUUGAUCAUUAGCAUAGCAUUCCUUACUGACAACAUUAUCUUCAUAAGAGAUUGGAGUUUUGUUUUAAUUUUUAUCUUCAAAUCAAGAUUUAUUUAAUUUGUUACACAGUUGAUCCAGUUGAGCCGGUUUCCCGGAUAUUUUACAAGGGAGAUCCAUGGUGCCUGAGCACAACAACAGAGCAAAGACAAAAGCAUGAAUAUUGCAGAGAAUGAGUACAGGGUCUUUAAGGAAUAUUACACAACCAAUUAUAAUUGUUGGAAUAAUCAGCAUGAGGAAAUAUCAUUGGCAUGAAUCAUUCAUUAUUACCGUUGAGUAUACGGUAUUGUCAUUAGAAAACAUCACCAAAUAUGAUCGUCAUAAUCAGUGAAAACCAGGCAUUACAAAUUCUACAGUGCUUUUAGAUGCAAUUUGCAUAAACGGAGCUACAAUAAUUUUAUUCCAAUCAUUAUUCAUCACAAAGCAAAAAGGAUCUUCACGAUAAUGACCACACAUUUUUCGUGUGAUAUUGCGUUAUCGAUGGUGCACAAGCUCAAAUAACAACAAACUCAACGCAUUCGUCAAUAACACUGAGGCCUUAAAAGGAAAAAACAUGUUUCAUUUAUGACGUUUUGGGCAAUGGCCCUUUUUUCAUGGCACAUUGACAUCAACCAUCAUCGAUCACAUAAAUAAUUCAUAUCAUCACUAUCAAUUACCAUCACAAUAAUUAAUAUCACAAAUGGCAUCCUCCUAUUUGGCAUCCAUUAAUCCUUCGUCACCAAAGUCAGUCACUAAUUGCCAUCUUUACCUCCAUCAUUGACAUAAUUAUCAUCAGAAACAUCAACAUCACCAAAUAUUAUCAUCACUAUCACCACCAUCGCUACUACAAUUGCACCGUAAGCCCCAAUACAAAGGCAUAUUAUGCGAAAGACGGCGAGUCUCACAGGCAAUCCGUGAGACUCUCGGUAUCUCACGACCGUGCAAAGAAUUAUCCGCUUUUUUGUUGUUGUUGUUGUUGACAAGCAGACAAAAUACGCUCACUUCAUAUAUAUAUUCCUCUCAAAGCAACAAACAUUCAAGUACAAUUUACACAACCCAUCGGCCCCACGGCCCUCGAGGA